AUCUGCUCUUACAUGCUAAGUGCUUGACGCGAAUCUAAACAACCAAAGCAGUUAGCAAACUCGUCAUGUUUGUGUAGGAUUUGCCCAACGAGGCCCUUAAGUUAGCAUCCAGGGUCCAAUCAUGUUCAAGAACGCUUUCCAAUCAGGCUUCCUGUCUGUGCUUUACAGCAUCGGCUCUAAGCCUCUAGAGAUAUGGGACAAGCAAGUUAGCAAUGGUCACAUCAAGCGCAUCACAGACACGGACAUCCAGUCUUCCGUUCUGGAGAUUAUGGGGCAGAACGUGUCAACAACGUACAUCACGUGCCCAGCAGAUCCCAACAAGACGUUGGGUAUCAAGCUGCCUUUCCUGGUUCUUAUUAUCAAGAACCUGAACAAGUACUUCAGCUUCGAGGUACAAGUGCUGGACGACAAGAACGUGCGGAGACGCUUCCGCGCCUCGAACUAUCAGUCAACAACGCGCGUGAAGCCCUUCAUAUGCACAAUGCCUAUGCGUCUCGACAGCGGGUGGAACCAGAUCCAGUUCAACCUUUCGGACUUCACGCGGCGUGCCUAUGGCACGAACUAUAUCGAGACGCUCCGAGUACAGGUCCACGCCAACUGUCGCAUCCGCCGCAUUUACUUCUCAGACCGCCUGUACUCAGAAGAGGAGCUCCCGGCAGAGUUCAAGCUGUUCCUGCCGAUCCAGAAAUCGUGAGAGCGGGAGUGCGUUGAACUUGACUGGAUGCCUGGCUGGCGCAGCUUGAGAGCGCAUCUUGUUAGAUACCAGUGUUCUCGCAGGUGGCCAGCCCAACCAUGGUUGCGCCCCGGCAGACACAUUCCUGUGUACUUCAGUGCAAUCCUCAUGGCGUGUGUGGGUUUGGGGGUUCCAUGGGUUUCCCAUUUGGAAGACGCUGCACAUGCAGUCGAAGCACUUUCGACUUGAUGGGUUUGCUGGGCAGGACUUAAAUGGCGCGGUUUACUAGUUUGGUUUGACGGGUGGGUGGGAGUUAGAAACGUGCCAAGGGAAGUAUGUUCGAAACCAUGACAGGAUAUAAGACCGCAUGAACUGACUUGACUCACGAUAUGACUAUACGUGUCGACGGACUAGGUGGUGGUGGGCUUGAUCUCGGGCCUUUGGCGACACGGGCAGCUGUUGACGACAGAGCCGGCAUAUGUUGGCGGUAUGCACUUGAUUGGUAUGAAUGGCAGUGCGUCCUCAUAACUGACACAUGGCGACGUGCUGUGGCUCGGCAGCGUUUGAAGGCGAGUGGGCCAGGGUGCAUUGUGGUGCGUUUACGUAACGAGGGGUAAUGCGCACGAGGCCCUGCCGCCGCCGUUGCUCCAAACAUUGGAGGCGCUGCAAAAUGUAAAUAUUGUUUAACGGUAACCUGUCUCUUCACUGACGUGGAUGUGCAAAUUGGAAGCAUCCUGACAACUGGGCAACGUCUUGUCCAGUUCGCUAAGUAGACAUGUAACGUUUGAAUCGUAU